CAAGAAACCGAAUCCGAAAUUUACUUGACGUCAGGAACCUCGAUUCGGGUUCCGUCGGUCGGACAUCGGAUGUUCUCGUAAAAAUUCUCAUAGUAAAGUGAGAACGUUGGAAGCGUAUAGUUUGUCAGUUGAGGUGCAGUGUGUGUGUUUUCAGUGCUCGACGUUCGUGUAUUUUCGUUAGUUAACGUAAAUAAACAAUGAAUGUGAAUGUUUUGUUUCGGUAGAGUCGCUUGGUUAGGGUCUGUACGGAAAAAGCGAGAUCCCUAACCGAGACGGUCGCGAAACGUGGAAGAAUGCGCGAGAGCGGUUAAUGCAAUGAACAACGGCCCGAGGCCUCCCGUGCCGGGCCUAAUUCCGAUAUCAGCAUUGCGUAAAAAAUCCGUGAACGAUUAUUACAACAGUCACCUGGACCAGGAUUCAUCCCCUCAGCGACUUGAUAGUGGUGGUGGUGGUGGUGGUGGCGGUGAUUCGGUUGUCGGAAAGGAGGUUAUGGGCGAGCAGCGCUCACGACGGACGGGAACGCAGGCUCCGGCUCCCGUCGACCUGAUCGAUACCGCGAGGUCACGUGGUCCCAGUGCUGGGCCGCAAGCGCCGAACAGGAAAACAAAGUCGGAACAGCGUCACCGUAAAUCAGAGAAAAGACGUGAACACAAAAGCGUACGUAAUAAACGUUCUUCUUCGUCCUCUGGUGGUAAACAAAAGUGGCGAUCUUCCGCAGAAAGACCCGUCAAUCCGCGAGUCAAUCCAAUUUUCGUGUGGGUGCGCCAAGAAGAUACACGCAUCGUGGACGUGAAAUGCGAGGAUUACGACAAAAGGAAUCGAAUCCUGCUGACCAAAACCGCUCAUGGUUGGCGCGCCAUCCCCCGCACCGAGACCUGGGUGCCCACUCUGAAGCAGUCGACUGACAACGAUAUGAAACGAGCGCGGAAAGCUCGUAAAUCGAAUAAAGUUAAAAGGAAAUCGACAGCUGUCCAAGUAGAGGACGACAUUGACGGUGAGGAAUCUCACGAUCCUACCAUACCUAGUUCUCCUACUUGGACUUCUUCUGGUGACGUAGAGUCUCAUUUACCUUCCCAUACUAUACACGUAAAUAGGCAUUGUUCCAGUUCUCCUGAACACCAUCAGGUAAUCGAACCUUCCAAUGACAAUUUACGACUCGAUGCUACCUCAAGCUACCCCGAUAAUAUUCAACCUAAUAAGAUGAGUGCAACCAGUCCUCUAGAUAAUUUAUUAGCCGUUGCUGAAUUUGAAUUUAAUCAGAAAAUACAAUCAGGCGAAUGGAAUGACACAAGUACAAUAGACACAUCGAUAUCGUCUCCCAUCAAAGAAGACGUCAGUGAAGAGAAAAUCCCAGAAAACCAAAAUACCGAACCGAAUCCUGUUGACUUCCUAAUUAAAUGUGACUUGGAAGAGAAAGAUACCCCUAAGAACGAUGGUCAGGAAAAGUACUAUAACGAUAAACGAAAAAGUGACGAAAUAGAUUACGACGAAGAAGAGGAAAAUAAUUUAGCUAUGACCGACAUAUUGGAUAGAUUGGAGCAGUCUCUCCGCACACCUGAGCCUAUAUCGCCAGAAAUACCAAUAGAGAAUCAGUGCUCAGUCAAGGAAUCACAGAAGGACGACGCAGAUGUUGAACAGGAGGAGGAAGAGGAAGACGACAAAGAAACAGAUAAUUGUACUAACGACAUUCAGUAUGACAUUCCAACGGAAAGCGAAGAAAAACCUCAAGAAGAAGAAGAACAAGAAGAAGCUACUGAAAUUAAGGAGAUCAGUGAACCAGAAAGUCCACAAAUUGAGAAAAUACCUGAAGAGCCAACAGAUUUAACGAUUCGAUCAUCUGCUACUUGCGAUGUUCAAGAAGAAGGCCCAAAAGAUUUGCGAACCACAAAAGUUCUUCAGAACAGUGUGGAUUACGAAAAAGCAACCCCAACCGAUCUACGAAUUUCGACCGACAAGGGAUUUGUUUGCUCCUCAAGCCCAAGGCCAUACUCAAGAAGUUCAGAAACGGUUCAGUCCCCUCAACCUAGCGGUCUACCUCCAGUUCCUCCAUCACCAGACGUAUUUCCCCCUUUCGGAAACGGAAAAAGUAAUCCUAAAUCAGUAUUUUUAGAAACAUUGCUUUCAUCCCCACAAAAAGAACUACAACCGCAAACAAAAAUUGAAAUGCAAAUGGAGCCUUUAGAUUUGGGGAAAUGUAGAAAAUCCGCUAGUCCAACGGUUACUUGCUCUGAAGAAGUAAACAAACGUACUUUCGCGGAAGCAGAUGAAUCUGAACCGAAAAAGAUUAAAGUAGAAGCCAUUACACUUAAGAAUAUACUAAGCGCAGAAACGGAAAAGUCUAAUGAGAAGGAUCAGAUAAAAGAAGACGCUAGCGGAAGUCCAUUUUUAGAGCAGUCAAAAUUACUUGAGCUUCUCAUUACGGACAGUGAAGCAGAUCCAGCUCUCCAAUUGAAACAGCUUCAACUUGAUCCUUCAGUUGAUUUGCCGGAUCCUCUUUUAAUACCUAAGGAGAAUUUAAGUCAAGUAUUAAUGUCACCUAAGAAGGAGAUACUUCGACUUCUUACUCAAAGACCAGAACUAAGACUUCCCGAUGCUCUCUCUUUUCCUCAUCUGUUGCAGGACCCAAAUAUAUUAGUAAUUACUUUAGCACAAUUGCAAACGAUUAUUCAAAAACAAAGCCAAGUGUUACCUCCUUCUUCUUGUGAAGAAAAGAUUAACAAGAAACCUGAUAAUUUUCAUAAGACGAUUUCCGACAAAAAGCCAAAACCAAAACAAGAAGAGAGGUCCAAGAAUGUAAAGUUAAACCCUUUAGUAGAGGAAUCAAGUCGAGUGAGAUGCAAUUCGCCCAAUAAAAAUUUUUCCCGUGUAGAAGAAACGAGAAAUGACAUGUACAGUAACGAAUCACUGAACCAAAUGAUGUGGUUGCCAUAUCUGCAGCAACUAGAAGCUGCAGCCAUAGCUUUUGGAGGAGGUUCAGAUAUUCUGAAGGGUUUUAAUUUUCCAUUUUUAUCAUUACCAGGAAACCAACUUCCUGGCAUGGGCCCUAUGAUUGCUGCAAAUAGAUUUCCUCCUCAUCCUCAGGCAUCAAUUCCCUUCCAACAACAUUUUGAUUACAACGCAUUAUUUGAAUAUCCUAAUUGGCAGGAAGCGUUGCACCAAGCAAAUUAUUUAAGGUCGAAAAAUCAGUUUGACCUUAAUACGAAAAGCAUGUACGGGGGGCAUCCAGAAAGGCAUCAUGACACAUUAAAACAACGAUCCCAUACGACAUCACAAAAACCAUAUUCAAUAAACAGGGGCUACAGUUCAUCGAUAAACAACAAAGGGAACGUUUUGGGGAAUUAUAACACGUCAUCGUCGUCGAGAGAACAAGGGAUGAGACCCAGUUUACAAAUUCCGCAAUAUCAUCCACCAAAUCCUCCAAAAAACCAAAUGCGAAAAAAUUCCGCCAGCUUUCUGAUGCAACCAGAGGUCGACUCAACGGUGCCACCAAAACAGUUGAUAAGAAAUAAUUACGACAGCGGUCAUAAAAACGUAUUCGCUCAGAACAUGUUCAGUCACCACUAUCCGGACGCUAGUACAAAUGAUAAAGUUGGUUCUCAUGAGAAAUCGUUACAACAAAAAAUGGUCACUUCGUAUGACGGUUCCAGAAAGGGAAAUUCAGAUUCGUCUAUGCAACCCAUUGAUUUGACAACAUCUCAGGUUACAAGCAAUAAAACUAGGGAUAGAAAUCAUUACGAAACCUCGAAACACCCGAAGCAUUUACCUAAACAGGACGAUGUGCCGGAAGUAGGAAGUACUACAGCCAGUUUAGAAGAAAUGACCGCACAUGCGCAGGACUCGCAGAAGUACUUGUGGCAUCCACUCUUUGGCAAUCAGAAGCCUUCCAGCAGUUCGUGGAAUUGGGCAACCCUGGCAGCAACAGGUGAAUAACAACGACUAAAACCUCCAGCCACAUGGAGGUUACCUUCUGAUUUUCUAGCAAAUGGUGGUUGUACAGGGUUGUCCUCUUGCGCUUAUAAGUAAGGAAAAUUAUAGGAAAAGCAGGAAAUAAAAAGAGGAAACUUAACGAAUGGACGGACGACUUCGCUUCGAGUCUGUAAGUUCGAGAAUUAGUAGAUGCUGGUAAUUGUAAAAGUAGUCGAUUGCUCUGAAAGAAUGAACUGAAUAUUACAAUACAGACAACAAGUACAAGGUACUGUCUGAGGAAAGAAAUAUACUGUAAACUAUUUUAACAUUACAAAAUAUAUAUACCUAGUAUAGGUAAUAUUCUUUAAUAAUAUUGCAUCUCCAUCUACAACCUAAAAAUGGAUAGAACCUCUAUAUGCUUCACAUUUUGCAACUAAUUUAUUAAAACUCAGUCAGACUAUUCAUCAAAUAUAUUUUUUAAACUUUAUAAGUUAUAUGUGCAUCUUUAAAGAGGUUCGCUUUGGGUAAAUUACAAAAACCCAUUUCAAUUUCAUGAAAUUGACGAAUCACUAUUCAGUAUCAAUCAUGCGCAACUUACCGUGGUAGAUUUGCAUUCGAUGAACGUUUGACCUGCGAAGCAGUGAUUUUUUUUUUAUUAUACCCCCAAUGGUAACGGCACAAAGUAGUUCAGACUUUAUUAAGUGCACCUACAGGCUUUAAGUUAAGACGACUGAUUACUUUUUUAAGGGAUCUUCUUAUCGUUGGAAGUACAGCUCUGUAAGACUGUAAUUUUAGAAACAUUCAUAAUUUUCUCUACAACCAGUGACAAAAGAAUUUUGAAAAAGUGCAAGGUUCCACGACCUUGGUUUAGUAAAGAAAUUUCUUCCGGGUUCCUCCUUGGUCUGUUGAUUUUAUUUGACGUUUCGCUGAUAUUCACGCUAUCAGAUUCUUCAGAAGGAAUCUGAUGACUGUUACCGAGAGGUGCAAAUUAUCAAAUAUCUAAUAAAUAUUCUAUUAUUAAUUAUUAGUUAAGGAAAAUAUUGCUGGUGGAAGCGACUACUUUACAUAAACACCUCUAAAAAUUAAAUUAAUUUGAAGUAGCCAUCAAAAGCUUCUUAAAAUGAAACCUAACAAACGCCAUUUAUUUAAUGGCUUCCGCUCACAAUAAAUCACAGCCAUCAUAUGUGAUUAUCGUUUUAAACAAUAUACCUGCUACAUGCACACGUUUGAAAAACGAUAAUGAUAAUUAAGUAAUAUCAGCUAAUUUCUUGCAUACUAUUCUUAUUAUCUGCUUAAGUAAAACAGAAACCUGUAAAGAGACCUACAUGCACGUGAGUGUAUAUUGGCAUGUCUAUUGUCCAUUUACAUACAUAAAAGAAUACAGCAGCAAUUAAUAAACAGUUUGUACUUACGUAUGUAUAAUCGUGGUUAUUUGUAUGUGUUUAUCAGUUCAAUCUAAUUAAUUCAUGACAAUAAUAGUUCACAUUAUCGCAUGCACUUAUAAUGUAUUAUACAUAAUGAAAUUUUAUCAAUGUCUAUUAUGCACUGUGCGUCGUUAAUGAAUUUAUUAACUAACUACAUAUAUAUAUUCCUUCUUAUGCCAAAAAGGGUUUUGUUUAAACCACGUUUAAUAAUGCAAGACCAAAUUGGAAACAAUGCCAAUACAUGCAAUUAAUUAAUAAAUAAUUUCUACUACACAAAAUUUCAAAAUUGAGUCUUUAGUCUUGAGUUUUUAGUAUGAACUAUUUCGCAACAAAGUUUUCUUUAUGAAUUUGUGAUAGAUUAGAGAACGUACCCAUACUACGUGACCCAUUGGGCUGGAGGGAGGUAGGGGGUAUGCGCAUGGUCACAGGGACGGGGGGUUUAAGCUUUCGUCACGAAGUCAAUAUCCUCUAGAGAAAAGUCGUGCUUUUUCGAACUAUACUCAAAGUUUCUGUUUGCCAAAAAUUAUUUACAAUCAUAUUUAGAAUUACUACUUGAA